UUCAGUUGGGGAACGGUUGGUUGUGAAAUGAACAACAAUGGUUCUCAUGGGAAUUACUAGUUUACACCUUCAACUUCUUGUUGGACCUCUGCUGCUCUCUGUCACUGUUAGCGCCACUAAUAACAUACGGCUUGUUGGUGGGUCUGUGGCGUAUGAAGGUCGAGUGGAGGUCUAUCAUAAUGGAAAGUGGGGUACUGUCUGUGACGACGGCUGGUCAUUCUCCAAUGCCAGAGUUGUGUGUCGACAGCUUGGCUAUCCAGAUGCUGUACGUGCGACAGGCUCACAGUUUGGUAUUGGAAAGGGACAUAUAUGGAUGGACAACGUCAGAUGUCUUGGAAGUGAAAUCAGGCUGGACAAAUGCAGAUUUACUGGUUGGGGAUCUCAUGACUGCCGACAUUUUGAAGAUGCUGGAGUUAUCUGUAGUUCAAGAACUCUACCUCCGAAGAACAGUACUGUACGUCUCAUAAAUGGCUCAUUUGCUGGUGAAGGCCGUGUAGAAGUUUUAUUUAAUGGAAUGUAUGGAACAGUUUGUGAUGAUCUUUGGGACAUACAUGAUGCUAACGUUGUAUGUCGUCAACUUGGAUAUGCUGGUGCUGAGUCUGCUGUUAGUGGUGCGUGGUUUGGACAAGGAACAGGACUGUCUAUUUGGUUGGAUAAUGUUGACUGUAUCGGCACUGAGGAGAGAAUUGAACAAUGUACACACACUGGAUGGGGACAGCACAAUUGUGAACAUUUGGAGGAUGCUGGUGUUAAAUGUCUUCCAGAUGGAAUUUCACUGGAUGAUCUUCAGGUGAGGCUGGUUGAUGGGAGUGUAGACAAUGAGGGUCGACUAGAAGUGUUUUGGAAUGAAAACUGGGGAACCGUUUGUGAUGACUACUGGGAUCUGGCAGAUGCAUCUGUUGCUUGUGUUCAGUUGGGAUAUCCAGGAGCUCUUCUUGCUGUAACGACUGGACGAUUUGGAAAAGGAUCUGGGAAAAUAUGGAUGGACAAUGUUCACUGUCGUGGCAACGAGACUCGUCUGCAGGACUGCAGUUUUGGAGGAUUUGGUGUGCACAACUGUAUACACAGUGAAGAUGCUGGAGUUGUUUGUGCUCGGAAUUCGUCUGCGACACCUGACAACAUAGCUAUACCAGUAAGGCUGCGAGGGUCAAGUACAAAAAAUGAAGGUCGUGUGGAGAUUUAUUUUGGUGGUUCUUGGGGGACGGUAUGUGAUGACUUCUGGGAUAUUAAGGAUGCCAGGGUUGUAUGUCGCCAGUUGGGUUUUUCUGAUGUUGUGUCAUAUGUGAGGCGAGGAUAUUUUGGACGUGGAAAGGGUUUGAUUCUAAUGGACAAUGUGAAUUGCCUGGGUACUGAACUACAACUUGCUGACUGUCCUUUUUCUGAUUGGGGCGUUCAUGAUUGUUCACACACAGAAGAUGCUGGCGUCAUCUGUGUUGGUGAAUCUGUCAAUGCCAGCAUAUCGUUAAUUAGGGCAUCAACUGUGCGUUUAGUAGGAGGAGUUCAUCCUUGGAUGGGACGGCUUGAAAUUCUUCAUAAUGAUGAAUGGGGCACAGUAUGUGAUGAUCUGUGGUCAUUAGAAAACUCACAGGUUGUGUGUCGUCAACUGGGCUAUGCUACUGCUUAUGUGACGUAUCAGAAACAAGCAUUUUAUGGACAAGGAUCAGGAAUUAUUUGGUUGGAUGACGUUCAUUGUACGGGGACCGAACAGCAACUAGAGCACUGUAUCUUUUGGGACUGGGGUUCACACAAUUGUGAUCAUCAUGAGGAUAUUGGAGUGUCUUGCAUGGCUGGCAAUGAUACUUUGACAACAGGAACUCCAUCAGUAAUUCUUGACUGCCCUCCACAUAAGAUAUAUCGUAGCUGUGGAAGUUUCUGUCCGCUCACUUGUGAUCAGCCGUUAUUUCCGAUGAGCUUGACUUGUUCGUUGUUUUGUUCUUCUGGAUGCUUCUGCCCUGUUGGUCAGGUAGAGUAUCAAGACAUAUGUGUGUAUCCUCAAUUUUGUCCAGGUGCAGCAGGACCUACAGCUACCACCACAGUUGAUGGACAAACUGUUCGUUUAGUAGAUGGAGGUUCUGAAUAUGAAGGUCGCAUUGAAGUAUUUCACAGUGGGCACUGGGGCACCAUUUGCAAUGAUGGCUGGUCUUUACAAAAUGCUCGUGUUGUAUGCCGUCAGCUAGGCUACAAUGAUGCCACACAUGCAUAUGGCAUCGCUCGCUCUCGAGAAGCUGAACACAUUCCUGUUUGGUUGGCUAAUGUUGACUGUCUUGGAUUUGAAAGUCAAAUAGAACAGUGCAAUUCUGCUGGCUUUGGGUUUUAUGAUUGUUUGCUUGGUGAAGAUGCGGGAUCCACUUGUUCAUCACUUUCAACUGCUUCGGUGAGACUUGUAGGUGGACACAUUGCACGAGAGGGUCUUGUGAAGGUGCUUCAUAAUGGACGGUGGGGAACUGUGUGUGAUGACUCUUUUGAUGAAGUAGAUGGCAAAGUGCUGUGCAGACAGCUCGGUUAUGCUGGGCCUGUCACCAUUGUAUCCAACACUCCAUAUGGUCAAGGACAAGGUGAUAUUAUAAUGAACAAUGUUCAGUGCACUGGGAAUGAAAAACAAUUGCAAGAUUGCUCUGCUUCAUGGUUUGCUCAUGAUUGCACACACAUGAAGGAUGUCAGUGUUGUUUGCUCACGUACAAAGUUAGUAGUAUAUCAUUCCAACACUGUAAGAAUUCUGCAAGGUGCCGGUAGUAAUGAGGGAAUAGUGGAGGUCUAUCACAAUGGACUUUGGCAUGGGAUAUGUGACGAUUCAUGGGACAUUAAUGAUGCUAGAGUACUGUGCCGUCAACUUGGAUUUGAUGAUGCAGAGAAGGCAUUAGUAGGUCAACUUUAUGAUAGUGCAUACUGGAUAGAUGGGGUUUCUUGCAGGGGUAUAGAAACUUCCAUCGAGGAGUGUCUAUUUCAUGGCUGGGGAAAUGCAAACUGUGGAUAUAGCGAUGCAGCUGGAGUUGUGUGCAGUAUGUCCACUACCUCUCACAGCUAUGUGUCCAUACUGGCCAUAUGUAUUCCUAUCUUUAUUGUGACAGUGUUAUGUGCUUGUGGCAUCUGCUGCAAACACUGCUCUCUUAAAAAUCCAUGUCAACGAACUGCUGGUGGUUCAGUUGUUUACAAUAAUCGGACACAAAGUUCUACUAUUUUGGUGGAUUCAGAUUGUUUUGAAAAGCGUGGUCUGUCUUCUUCACCUAAGAUUUUCAUGGAAACGCCAGAACCGCCAUCGUAUGGUGAUGCAGUUGCCAUGCCUGUGCCACAACCCCCACCCCUCUAUACUGAACUUGACUUCCAAUCAAUUCAAUUAAGAAUCAAUGAAACUGAAGUUUGUGUUUCUGAUCCUAUUUCAAGUAACCAAAAUGAACUGCCUUCGUUUCCUACACUUCCAGCUGUUGACUCUGACUUGCCAGCUCUGGUUCCACAUUCAACUGACUUGCCACCUUUAGUUCCACGUUUGACUGACUUGCCAGCUUCAGUUCUACGUUCAACUGACGUACCAGCAUCAUGCAGAGAUGCGACCUGACCUUUUUAAAUGUGAGUGAUCAGUUAAAUGAGGACUGAAAUGGAUUGCAUAUGUUAAAUGUAUGCUCUGAGUACUUUGUAUGUUUGUUAAGAACAGCUGACACAAUCAGUCAGCAUAUGCCAGUGUUUGCUUUGCAUUGUGGACAAUUACACUUUUAAAUGUUAGACUUCUUAACAAGCGUUUACAUGUACAUAAAUGUGUGUACAGUAGUUAAAUUUUGCUAUUCAAGUGACUUUG